GAUUGGGUGUAAAGUUACGGCAUUUGGUCUCUAACAAACUAAAACCAUACAGAGCACAGUCACUUCUUUUCUUUUUGUUUUUCCGAUUUGUUGUCACCUUUUUUUCCGACUUCCUUGUCCGAGCUUCUAGUCGGAAAAUCUUUUUCUUCUAUCCGUUGACUUAUCUUCUUUUUCAUAAGCCAAAAAAUUUCAUCUUUUUAAGCACUUGCUUUAGUGUUCGAUACUCUUGGAGAAUUUUUUGUUUUAUAUAGUUGAUUUUCCCGGAAGAAAGGACAAGUCAGUGGAUAGAAAUGAGCGUGUGAAUUUUUUUGAUCAAAUUUGAGGGUUGGAGAAAUGAAGACGCCGGCGAACGCUACCGGAGCUUCGUCCGUUACCGCGGCCUCAAAUUCUGGCGAAGGAGUAACGGAGAAGAAGAUGAUAAACUCGGAGCUAUGGCAUGCGUGUGCCGGGCCGUUGGUGGAUCUUCCGGCAGCCGGUACUCAUGUGGUUUAUUUUCCUCAAGGCCACAGCGAACAGGUAGCGGCAUCUAUGAAGAAGGAUGUAGAUGGUCAAAUCCCAAACUAUCCAAAUCUGGCAUCAAAGCUACUAUGUCUGCUUCACAAUGUUACCCUGCAUGCAGACCCAGAGACAGAUGAAGUCUAUACUCAGAUGACCCUCCAACCUGUUCCUUCUUUUGACAAGGAUGCAUUGCUGAGAUCAGAUAUUGGGCUCAAGUCAAAUAAAACACAAACAGAGUUUUUCUGCAAAACAUUGACAGCAAGUGAUACAAGCACUCAUGGAGGUUUCUCUGUACCUCGCCGUGCAGCUGAGAAAAUUUUCCCAGCUCUUGAUUUCUCUAUGCAACCACCUGCUCAAGAACUUGUGGCUAGAGAUUUGCAUGAUAAUGUUUGGACCUUCCGCCAUAUCUACCGUGGACAACCUAAGCGGCAUUUGCUUACGACAGGAUGGAGCCUAUUUGUUAGUGGAAAGAGGCUUUUUGCUGGUGACUCAGUUUUAUUUAUUAGGGAUGAAAAGCAACAACUGCUCUUGGGAAUUAGGCGAGCUAACAGGCAACCUACCAAUCUAUCAUCAUCUGUUCUGUCAAGUGACAGUAUGCAUAUUGGAAUUCUUGCUGCAGCGGCACAUGCUGCUGCAAACAAUAGCCCCUUCACUGUUUUUUAUAAUCCAAGGGCUAGUCCUUCAGAGUUUGUUGUCCCUUUGGCCAAGUACUACAAGGCAGUUUUCAGCAACCAAAUCUCACUUGGCAUGCGCUUUAGGAUGAUGUUUGAAACUGAAGAGUCAGGAACUAGAAGGUAUAUGGGCACAAUUACAGGAAUCAGUGAUCUGGAUCCUGUAAGAUGGAAGAAUUCACAAUGGCGCAAUUUGCAGGUUGGUUGGGAUGAAUCAACUGCUGGAGAAAGGCGUAAUCGUGUCUCAAUUUGGGAGAUUGAACCAGUGACUGCUCCAUUUUUUAUCUUCCCUCCUCCAUUCUUCAGAUCCAAGCAUCCAAGACAAGCAGGAAUGCCAGACGAUGAAUCCACUGAUUUUGAUAAUCUCUUCAAAAGGAAUAUGCCUUGGCGUGGUGAUGAAUUUUCCAUGAAGGAUUCCCAGGCUGUGCCUGGCUUUAGCUUGUUUCAGUGGAUGAACAUGCAGCAAAACCCAUCACUUGCUAACUCAGUGCAAUCAGAUUACCUUCAUACCUUACCUGGGUCUGUCAUGCAAAACCUUGCUGGAGCAGACCUUUCCCAUCAGUUAGGAUUGCCCCCACAAAUACCUCAACCAAACAACUUGCAAUUUAAUUCUCAGAGGUCAACACAGCAAGUUCAACAGAUUGAUCAGCUACCAAAGCCGCCAUCAACCAUGAACCAAUUAAGCUCCAUUGUACUGCCACCACAAAAGUUAGGUGAUAUUACUCAACAAUCAAGGCAAACUAUAAAUACUCAAACUUUAUCCCCUGGUCAAGUUCAGACCCAAGUGCUUCAGCCACAAAAUCUUGUACACAAUAAUAAUAUUCUUCCACAGCAACCAUCUAUUCAAAACCCUCCACUUCCAAUUAACAUUCCUUCAAACAUGCUGCAGCAACAGCAGCAACUGCAACAUGUUAUGGGUCAGAACCAACAGCAAAACCUUAUGCAGUCCCAGCUUCCUGCUCAAGCAAACCAAAACUUACAUAUGCCUGACAAACAGCAGAUUCAGCUUCAGCUGUUACAGAGGCUUCAGCAACAGCAACAAUCACUUUUAGCACAGCAGUCUGCACUUCACCAGCCAGCUCAACUUUCUCAACUCCAAGAUAGGCAACUUUUAGAUGUUUCUCAGAGCUUCUCUAGAUCUGUGACAGCCACCCAAACGCUGGACAUGCCUCAAACAACACCACCCACCUCACUCCCUCAGGCCAACUUUUCCUCACAGAAUAUAAUAAAGGGUAAUAGCCUGACAAAUGUUCGAUUGUCCCAUCCUCCUCAGCAGCAAAAGCUUCAGCACCAGCAGUAUGGUGUCCUACCUGAAAUGCCUGGACAUUUGACUCCCCUCUCAGCCCAAAUUAAUAAUCAACAUUCAGCAGCUGGUGGUACUGUACUAACAGGAGCUGCAGGAGUAGGGCAUUCUGUGAUUACUGAUGAUAUUCCUUCUUGUUCCACUUCGCCAUCCACAAACAAUGGUCAAAACUUGAUUCAACCAAUGGUAUAUGGUAGACCCAACGAGAGCAUGGCAAUGGGAGAGGACAUGGCUCAGUCUGCCUCAACACUCUUGAGUACCAGUGGUUUGGAAACCAUAUCAUCUAGCAUUAACUUAGCCAAAGAUUAUCAGCCCAAAACAAAUGUUAAGCCUUCAUUGAACAUCUCCAAGAAUCAAAACCAAGGUUUCUUUGCCCCACAGACAUACCCACAUGGUACAGCUUUGCAGGCCGAUUAUUUGGAUACUUCUUCUUCAACUUCAGUUUGCCUUUCACAGAAUGAUGUCCAUUUACAGCAGAAUAACAAUUUUUCAUAUAAUCCUUUGAGAGACACAAGUCAGGAUGGGGAAGUUCAGGCAGAUCCCAGGAGCAAUGUUCCGUAUGUGAGUAACAUUGAUGGCCCAUUGGUUUUACCCAAUCAUAACCUUUUGGCAACAAAGAACAUGGGCUUGGGGAAGGAUUUCUCAAAUAAUUUAUCUUCAGGAGGGAUGCUUGCUAACUGUGAAAAUUCCAAGGAUGUUCAGCAGGAACUUUCGUCCUCAAUUGUUUCACAGUCAUUUGGAGUUCCAGAAAUGACAUUUAAUCCAAUUGAUUCCACAAUCAAUGAUAGCAGUUUUGUGAACAGGCCCGCCUGGGUGCCACCACCACAGUUUCCUCAGAGAAUGCGGACGUAUACUAAGGUGUACAAACGUGGAGCAGUUGGGAGAUCAAUUGAUAUUACACGUUAUUCUGGUUAUGACGAGCUGAAACAGGAUCUUGCUCGUAGGUUUGGAAUAGAGGGGCAAUUGGAAGACAGGCAGAGGAUAGGUUGGAAGCUUGUUUACGUGGAUCACGAAAAUGAUGUCCUGCUAGUGGGGGAUGAUCCAUGGGAGGAGUUUGUGAACUGCGUUCGCUACAUUAAGAUCCUAUCUCCACAAGAAGUACAGCAGAUGAGCUUGGAUGGAGAUAUUGGGAAUUCUGUUCUUCCGCAUCAAGCGUGUAGCAGCUCCGAUAAUGGGAAUGCUUGAAACAUAGUCUUUUCAAAAAAUUCGAAGAAUUUUUAUUUAUUUAUUUUUGUUUUGGGAUUGGAUCCUCUUUAAGUUUUGGGGAUUCUGUUCAUACAGUUCUCCAUGCAUUGUGUAUUGCUACAUCUGGGUUUUUCUUCAUUUUGUAAUAUAAUAAUAUAUAUAUUCUCCUCA